AUCCAAGUUGUCAAUAUAUGUGCCAAAAUAUCAUUAAGGGCGCUUGACGUUUUAAAAUUUAUUGUUUACUGUUUUUUUUACUAAACCUAUACUUACCAUCCUUUCGUUUUUGGAAUUAAAAUAUUUCAAAAUAUAUAUACACCAACAUGGCUGCUGAUAUGGGCGAUACCGUAAUGUAUUCACAACUUCAACCAUGGAGUUCCGUAGCAGCCGACCCCGUUAUGGAACAGGUUGCAGGACCUCCUAUUCCUACAAGAAUUGGAACGUAUUAUCAGACACCACGACCGCAUCCCUGGAGGCCAACGCUUGGAUAUGAAACCGUUGAAGUCACUCCUUUGCCUGGCCAACCUGUGACCAACGCCAUGAUGGAUCCUUGUUAUACUCCAACCGGAAUGGCAACCGAACCACUAAAGUUUCCAAAUUUGGUGACGGGUUUUGAGCGGAAUCCUGCGCAUGCAGCGCGUGCUGCAUUGUACACACGUUACACGCCCUUGGAAUGGACGCAAGGAUUGCUUGGGAUUCUCAAUGAAUCCGACACGAAUCGGAACUACUCCGAGCGAUUAAAAGGCGAAUUCAUUCGAGUAAUGAGGGAAACUGAUGAAACAACCGCACAAGGGCAGCGCGAAUCUGGUCGUCGAAUUGGUGAAAGAAUCACAGACACCACAUUCUGGCGCAACGAAGUCAAAAACGAAUUGGAACGUUUGAUGUCAGUUAUUGGCCGGCUCACCGACGGAAAGCGAACCAUUGAAAAAGGUAUUCUAGAUAUUGAAGGCCCUUUACAUAUUGCGCAGGAGUGUUUAUACUUGCGCGAAAAUCGCCAAGGCAUCGACUUGACACACGACGGACCCGAACAAGCACUGCUUAAAGAAAUUGAAUGUUAUCGUAACACGCAGGAAAAGUUCCGGGCAGUUCUCGAUAAAAUCAAAACUCAAUUGCACAACAUUCGUGCGGCGCAACACGAAUUGGAAACGGAUAUAAAAAGCAAAGAGGGUGCAUUGGGAAUUGACAAUAUGUGCCAUCAAUUGAACAACUUUUCGAAGGGUAUUAAUUAUUAUGGAGGAAUUGAGAAGUUUAAUCCCACAGUGAGCCAUACCACUUCAUGGGCGCAGAACAGUAACGGAAUUGUAUUACGUUCGCAAAACGAACGCCAUAAAACGCAACAAUUGGCAUCAGAUGUGGAGAAUUUAAUAAACAGCGGUGCAUCGUUAAUUUGGGAUGUUUGGAGCUCCACAAACAAUGCGCUCGCGCGUCGUGCGGCUGAAUUACUGGAGGCAAAGAGCAAAAUACAAAUGCAUCUCACCAAAGUGCAGCAAGAAAUAUUCGAAAUGGAAAAACACAUUGAACUUUUACGUAAAGCGAUCUUGGAUAAAACAAAUCCAAUGAAAGUUGCGCACACACGCUUAGAAUCGCGAACGCACCGCAAAGGAAUUGAAUUGUGUCGUGAUAAAGCACAAGAUAGUCUGGUCAAAGAAGUAUUAGAUAUGCAAGGAAGUAUCGAAUAUUUGCACCGAAAGCUGCAGGAAGCCGAAGCGCAGCAUCAACAAUUAUUAAAAACCCGGUCGAAUCUCGAGACCGAUUUACAUUCGAAGGUACAAACGCUGUUCAUCGAUCGGGAAAAGUGUAUGGGGAUGAGGCGAUCGUUCCCGAUUACUGCCACCAUCAAAUAUUGAAACUUUAAUCAC